UACUGUUAUGGUAUGGACUUUACAUAGUGGUUUUCUCAGUCUUCCGCUUCGGAGCACUUGUUUUUGACAGGAAGAUUAGUUAUGACCACUUAUAUUAUUAAAGCCAAUGACCUUGGAAUUGACCGUAAUACGCUAUGUGUCCUCCUGUCUCUUCGGUUUUUAUGAUAAUGUAGUAGGCUUACUUCGUCCCCUAGGUAGUGUUCAGUGUAUCUUUCGGGCAGGUGCAACCAUUUCUGGAAUCCCAUCUGACCAAAAGAUUGCGAGGGGCUGUCAGGGCUGUAUCAUGUGUACAAAUAGGCUAGACAUGUACAGAAUGCUGAUGUCGUACACGUCCAUGUUGCCAUAGCGAUUAAAUGCACAAUAACAAAUUGCCUAGCCUUAUAGGUGUUCGUGUUUAUUUUUUUUCCCCCCAGAUGAAAAAGUACUGCACAAGUCCUUGGUCUGUUUCCUUCAUCCAGUACAGGGCUUUGUACGGAUUACCCGCCUUCGAGGGACGCCUGCAGCGUGUUGCAACACUGGUUAAGACAGAGAAGCAAUAUAGGCAGCCAGCUAGCUGAGAUGAUUUCAGAAUUCUACGGCCGCUUGCGUCCUUAUUUGAGCUCGCAGCGGUGGCAUCACACAUUUCCUCCUGAGGGCCGAUCUCUGGUAAACAGCUGUGCUGUAAGAUGUCAUUUCUCACAUAACACUUAAUUAUUUGAAGGAACACAUUCUUCCCAGAGGUAAUCUCUUCCUCAUCGUACAGAGCCAUCGCCGGGGCGGUAUAAACUCCUAGUAUGUUAUAAUCCCGUCCUGCCAUGCUGAAACAGGAUUAGCUCUGUCUCUAUUUAGCAGUGUGUGUGUGGGUUUGGGUUGGGAGAAGACCAGGCAGCCACUUCACACGAGAGAUUCGCCUCCGAAACGUUCUUCGUGUUUGUAAUGGCCGACAUGGGUAUAGGGCUAAUGUAGUCAGUCAAAGCAUACGCUCACUUAAUGUGACAACAUUAAUUCAUUUCAAUCGUGUUUUUUUCUCUGAUCUACUUUGGUUUGUUAACACAGCAGGGAAAUUAAUUGCAUGCUGGGUAUUUUACUAUCCCCAUCCCCAUUUUUUAUCAGGCUUUUAAAAAAUAAAUAAUAAUAAUCUCAAUCUUUGUUCAUGAGCUUUAACUGUGAAAUGACUACCUCAUAAUAAUGUCUGUAAUCGUAGCGAUUGGGAUGAAUAAAUGUUUAGUGUACACAAGCGCACCCCCUAAAGCCCUGUGGAAAGCCUGUGAGUCAGUAUGUGUAACAGGGAGGAAUCCUGAGGGCACACAGCAGAGCAGGCCUGUGGAAACGAUCCCAGAGCUGGGAGAAACAAAGCACUUUCAUGGCCGGCUGGCCCUUCCCUCUCUGUCUCUCAGCUUUGUAAGCAGCGUGUGUGUCUGGAAUGGCUGUGCAGCGAGGUGUGGGGGAGGGGACGACCGAGCUAGGCAGAGAGAUCGAGAGAAAGGGAGGGGGCGAAAGGGAGAGACUCGCUCGCACUGCUAAUUCAGCCCAUUAAAGUCUUGUGCAUUCAGAGCAGCUAUAUUCCAUUGUCAGCCCCAGCAAAUUUCCAGCGCGCCUCAUUUCGCCUCUCGACGCGUGAGUAGCAAGAAAGUGGAAGAGGUGGGGGGAGGAGAGGAAAACAGGACUGAACAACCCUACAUAGGAGAGGAAGGCCUGGAUCUGGGACUGACUGUCAGUGAGAGCUUGGGCUACUACAGUGGGCCUGCAAUGGGCAGAGGGGAUGGAGUCUCUGGUCUCCACGCCCAGCCCUCCACCCCUCCAUCUCCUGGCGCCGGUGGGCAACCGCAACGAAAGCAUCGCCUCGCCCUGUGAGCAGAUCAUGGUGCGCACUCGCUCAGUGGCGUCCAACACGACGGACGUGGCCCUGGCCACUGAUCCCGAGUGCCUGGGGCCCUGCGAGCCCGGGACCAGCGUCAACCUGGAGGGCAUUGUCUGGCAGGAGACCGAAGACGGUAUGCUGGUGGUAAAUGUGACCUGGAGAAACAAGACCUAUGUGGGAACCCUCCUUGACUGCACAAGGCACGACUGGGCCCCGCCAAGGUUCUGUGAGUCCCCCACCAGCGACUUGGAGAUGAGGAACGGCCGGGGCCGGGGGAAGAGGAUGAGGCCUAUCGGUAACACACCUGUCAACGAGAACAGCAACUCCUCAGACAACAAGGGCAGUGGCACCAGCAAGACGCGCGCUGCCAAUAACAGCAGCAAGAGCCGGCGGGGCAGCCAGACGUCGUCGGAGCGUCGCACACCGCCCAACAGCAACACAGAGGAUGUCAAGGCCAGCUCGUCGUCGGCCAACAAGCGCAAGAACAAGCCCGCCUCGGACAUGGAGCCAAACUCCAGCUCUGAGGACACCAAGGGCAGCAAGCGCAUGCGCACCAACUCCAACAGCGGCCCCAGAGGAGUGCCCCACCUGCCCCACACCGUCCUCCCCAGCAUUCCCACCAUUAAGGCAGAGCCCCUUCCCCCGCCGCAACUCGACCGCAAUUGCCCUUCGCCGGUGCUCAUCGACUGCCCGCACCCCAACUGCAACAAGAAAUACAAGCACAUCAAUGGCCUCAAGUACCACCAGGCCCGCGCCCACAACGACGAUGACAUGAAGUUGGACAUGGAUGGGGACAGUGAGUACGGAGAGGACUCCACUCUUCACCCCGAUCCGGGCAGCUGCAACGGUGCCUCCAUCUCUCAGAAGGGCUGCUUGUCCCCGGCCCGCUCAGUCACACCCAAGGGCAGGGGCUUCGAGGCCCAGACUCCAUCGCCCUCCUCUGGGAAGUUUGGCUCCAAGCAGAGUAAAAAGAAGCCCUGCGAGGCCGACCCGGAGGCAGGUGGCAUGGCUAUAGACGGCUGCGAAGACGGGCCCUGCCUUACAGAUGAGGCCAGCAAUGAUGGCAUGGACGACAAGAAAGACAGGGCCAAGAAGACUGGUAGCGGCUCCAAGGUGGACAAGCUGGCCCAGAAGGGCAUGAAGUCAGCGCGGCCCAUCGCCACUGCCAUACCACCUCAGCAGCUGUACUCCCUACAGACGGCCGGCGGCUUCCCUGCAGCCAGCCCCGGCUCCACCCCUGCCUUGGGCUCAGUGGUUCAGUCCAUUCCCAAGAGCCCGCAGCUGAAAGCCAUCCAGCCCAAGCCCUCGGUCCCAGGAGACCCCUCGUCUGUGAACCCAGCUCUGAGCAGCUCAAAGGACAAGAAGAAGAAAGACAAGAAGAAGAAAGAGCCGGGAAAGGAGGGAGACAGCCCCAAAGGGCUAGGGAAAGGGAAGCCGGAAGAAGGCAAGAGCCCAUACUCUGAAUCCUCAGACCCGGGGAGCAAAGGUGAUGGACUCCUGAACGGCUCAUCGGACCCCCACCAGAGCCGGCUGGCCAGCAUCAAGGCAGAGGCGGACAAGAUCUACAGCUUCACCGACAACGCCCCCAGUCCAUCCAUCGGUGUGGCCAGCAGGAUAGAGGCUGGAGGCAUGGCCCAACCCCUCACCCCUCUCCACGUGGUCACGCAGAACGGAGCCGACAAUUCCUCAGUGAAGACCAACAGCCCAGCCUACUCGGACAUCUCAGACGCGGGCGAGGACGGCGAAGGUCGGGUGGAGGGCGCCAAGGGCAUCAAGUCCGAGGAGCAGGCUAUCCGAGAGGGGGCCAAGAAGGCCCUGUUCCCCGCCCAAACGCCCAGCAAGGAGUCCCCCUACUACCCUGGCUACGAGACUUACUACUCCCCGAACUACGCCAACCCCAACCCCAGCCCAGGGGUGUCGGUCACGGGGGCCACACUGCAGGAAGGGGCCCAGGUCAAGGUAAAGAAAGAGGAGCAGGAGGAGCCAGGCGAUGAGGACCGUAAGGUCAAGCAGGAGCUGCAGGAGGACCGUAAGCCCGAGAUGGGUGCCUCUGGACCGGGGCAACAGCAACAGGCCUCAGUCAUCCAGCAGCGCUCCAACAUGUACAUGCAGCCUCUCUACUACAACCAGUAUGCCUACGUUCCCCCGUACGCCUACCACCCGGACCAGGCCUACCACAACCACCUGAUGAACACCAACCCAGCCUACCGGCAGCAGUACGACGAGAGACAGCGGCAGGCAGCAGCCGAGCAGCACCGCGCCGCCGAGAAGAAAUCGGACGCUGCUGGAAAGGACAGGGAUCGAGAGGGCUCCUCGGGGAAGGAGCUGAGUGAGGAAUGGAAGCAGAAGGCUUCGGUGCCCCCCACCCUCUCCAAGGCCCCCAGUCUCACAGAUUUGGGAAAAGGAGGGCCACCCCAGGGCAAGCUGUCCAAAGAUCCCUUGUCUUCCUUGGAGCAGGCCAAGUCAUCGGUCAUCAUGCCCAAGGGUGAGGAUGCCAAGGCGCCGGCCCAGCAGGCCGAGGGGCUGAAGAUGAAGCUGAGCGAGGGAGGGCACCAUGGGAAGAGGGAGGAGCUCAAGGCGGGCAUGGAGUCGGGCAGGCCCUCGGCCAUGGAGCAGGGCAUGUGGUACAGACAGGAGCCUGACUCGCGGCUGUGGCCUUACGUUUACCCCAGCAAGUACCCUGAGGCCCAGAAACCACAGGACGAGGAGCGGUGGAAAGAGGAACGCGACAGGGAACGGGAAAGAGACCGAGAUCGAGCAGAUCGAGAGAGGGACAGGGACCGAGACAACCGAGACAGGGAACGGGACCGAGACAGAGACCGAAAGGGCAAGGAGGGCAGGGAUGAGAGGGCUCGGUCCAAAGACACCACCCCCAAGGAGGAGAGCAAAGAGGGGGCUGAGCCCCGGUCGUCGUUGGCGGCCUCUGAGGAGCACCGGGGGAUGGUGAAGGACCCGAGGGCCACUGCUGCCCACAUGCAGUUCUCCUCUCCCCUGGCCCAGCACCAGGGCUACAUUCCCUACAUGCACGGAGCCUACGGCUACGGCCAGGGCUAUGACCCCAGCCACCCGGGCUACCGCGGGAUGCCCUCGGUCAUGAUGCAGAACUACCCUGGUUCCUACUUCUCCUUCUCUCCCUACGGCAGUAAAAUGGGGCCAGGCGAAGAGGGCGGCGAGAAGGCGUCACGCGCCAGCCCCACGGUCAGCGGCAAGUCCGCCUCGGAGGCCAAGGCCCUGGACAUCCUUCACCAGCACGCCAGCCAGUACAAGAGCAAGUCGCCGACAGUCGGCGACAAGACCCCCUUGCACGAACGGGAACGGGAGCGCGCCGCUUCCGAACGAGACCGAGACAUGGACCGGCCGCGCUCCUCGCCCUCGCAGCGCAUCCUGCCUUCCCAUCACCACCUGGGCUACCCGCUUCUCUCGGGGCAGUACGACCUGUCCUAUGCCACAGGUCUCUCCUCAUCAGCCAUUGUUGCCAGUCAGCAAGCCUCCGCCCCCUCCAUGUACCCCCCUGCACGGAGGUGAGAAUGGGAGACCUGAUUGGCUGACCUCAACCUUGCCUGGAGCCAUGUGACUGGAUCACAUGAGGAAGCGUGCUGUGGCGCUCAUUUUUAGACAUCAGUUCAAUGGUGUUUGUUGUACUUUUAGUUGAUUUUGCCUGGUUGUUCCGGCUGAUCUGGUUCCUCCUCCCUCAGCUUCAUUGAUGGCCACCCCACAGCAAGGCUUCCUGUGGCUUGGUUGAGGGCGCACCGAGCCCACCUCCUCUGGUACCGCGCGGCACGGCCAACCAACCAGCCAGUCCAUUGACUCCUUUGCACUGCUGAGACAUUCACAGGAAGGACUAAAAGGCUUGAAAAAAGGCCUGAUGAGACUGGCACAUUCUGAUGGGGUGAGGCCCAUCGACGGCCAUUUUGGAACUAGAGAGUGCACUAGGGAGAGGAGGUUGAUCAGAAACAAACUGGAUUAAGUUUGAAAUCACUACAUGGAAAUAUGGACUUAAUGGAUUGUUCACGGAUCCUGGGCCUUAGCGUAAUAGAGUUGCAGCUUAACUUGAGGAAGUGGGUUGUUUCGUCCAUCCACCAACCUACCCACUGACCCUGAGGACAUCUUGAGACAUUCAUUGCAAUGGACCCAUUUUAUUUUUCGGUUGUGUUUUUUGGGGGGGAUGGUUGUUGUUUGGGCCAGAGGAGGGACCGACUGGUAUCCCCAUCCCUCUCCACCACUCUGGGCUUUCUAUGCAAGCCGAAGCUGCUCAUCUCCAUACACUGACAGAAACAGCCCUCCUCUCUGUCUGUUCAGUUUCAGGGGGAGGAACUUUCAAGUUCACAAUGAUGUUGGGUUUUUUUUUUGUUGUGAAAAGUUAUCAUCCGCCUACUUGAGUUUGUUUAGAGCGUCAACAAUAUCCAUGUUAUUUUUUUUUUUUGUAUGAGGCUUUUGUGCGUUGUUCGUUCCACAUCUUGGCUUGACUACCUUGUUUCCAUCUCACUCUGACCCAGUAAGGAAACUCCCUUGGCUGUUUGCCGCUGCUUCGAACACUACUGGCCUCUCAGUGGCGGCGGCGGCAGCUGUGUCACGGGUUUCCUUUUCCAAAGGGUCAUCCAGUUUACAAAGCAGCACCAAUGCAUCCGCUACAGCUACAGCUCCCGGCUGCUCAGCGAGGGUCCCGCCUUAGAGGGAGAGGACAUAUCUGUGCCAGGAGGUAUUUUGACUCCGAGAGAGAAGAGGAACAGAGAGAGGAGUACAGAUGCACCAUUCAGGGGCUCUCCAAGCUCUGUGACCCGGAAAGGGAAGGAGAAAGAUGCACUGAUCGGAAAGGCCGUCUGGAUUCUUCAGAUGCUGCCUCUGGUUCUAUAGAACCAUCUAUCCAAGCCAUCCAUCCUCACUGGACACUGCAGAGGCUGGAAAAGGAGAGAGGGUCCAUAGAGCCAUCCAUCCAGCUCUUACAGUACAUAUGGCAUUUGUUUUGGCUGUUGUGGGCCCCAAGUGUCAGUUUGUGGACAUGCAAGCUGUCUGGGACCCACAGGACUUUGUAUGUGAACAGUUGGCAACUGUCUGCAAGCCACAAGCUGGCUACUGCUGCUAGUCUCUCACCAAACUGCAUCAUGGGAUGGCCGCAGUCCUCCCUCAUCAGUGGACAUCUAAGAACACAGAGGGGGGCUCUCGCCGGGCUCUCUCCAGAGCUGUCGAUGGAUGCUCAGUAGAUAUGGCAGCUGCUGCACUCGCUCUCCCUCUGAUCUAGUGUGUAGUGCUGGAGAGACAGGCAGCUCACUCCUGUAUAUUUAUUAGAGGACUUAUAGUCACGGAGUGCUGUGUUACUGGGAGUUGGCACAUGCCCCUGUACUAUAUUUGGUGAAUGAAAGCAAUUGCAAAAUUGAAUCUCUCCUGCUGGCCCACAUCCCCUCCCAUCGUAUCUCUCUCCUUUCCAACUAUCUGUGUGUGUGUGUGCCUGCAUGGAGUAAGGCGGCACUGUAACGAGUUAGCCCAACGCAUAGUCCUUCCCGUCGGAGCAAGCCGUGUGCACGUUUGCUUUGGGACACUUCCUAGCAGCUCCCUCCCGCCCUUCUCUCGCUCUCUUUUUCCCACACGCACUCACUAUUGUGGUUUUCUGUAUAUAGUGUACAGAGGAAUUCUUUUAAAAAGGUUUGUUCGAUGCUAUUGAAAAAAUGUAUUUUUUUUGUUGGUCUGUUAGCCUUCUCUUUUUCCCUACCAUUCUUGAUAUAAUAUGACAAACUGUAGCUGGUGUAACAGCUUUAGAAUCGAAGUGUUGUGAUCAUUUUUUCCCCUCCCUGCCUGGACCCCACCCCUUCAGAAGCUUGUUGUCCCCCCUCGAAGCCCAUGACGCCAUUUUAGUCCCUUCUUCGCGCACGUUCCCAAGCCGCCUCGAGGAAAACAAUGUCACAUUUCAACAUGUCAUUGUAACCGUCACUCCUUUGUUGUUGUCGUUGUUUUUCGGUUCCACGAGAUGCUGAUCGUGAAUGCAGUUUGUUGGCUGGGAGUCGGUACGUGAUUACUUUCUGCCGUGAUAGACAAAGUAGAGGACGGGAGCGAGACAGGCUGAGAGCAGAGCAGCUGUCUAGAGGGUUGAUAGAGAGGUAAAACACAGCAGAUUCUCCCACCCGGUCCACUCCUCUCCCGUUUAAUGGUGCCCAUCGAUCCCAACACCAGCGCCCGCCCCCGCCCCGCCCGCUAAAAACAGUCAAUCUGAUUCGCUCUGAUGCUUUUAUUACCCUUCAUGGAUCCGGCUUGCUCGGGUGCGCAGCACGGAAAGUCUGAAAUAAUAAAUGAGAUUUGUGGUUUUUGUAUUGUUGUGUGAUUUAGGGCCGGUUCAAAAUGUACGUGGGGGCAGAGGGGGGGGGUCGGUUAUAGAGGAGGGUUGUGUGUUUUUUUUACUACUGGGCACAGGGGAGGGUAGUUUACAUUCACCAUUUAGCAGGUUUUACUAUAUCAUUUCUUCCAUCCUAGCCAAUUGUCCUCAUCUGCUUGCAUGCUCCUCCCCUAUAUCAAGGUGUUUUGGUACUUCCUUUAUGCACAACGUUUUUCCAUGUGCUAACUUCUUACUGUACCACAGGUCAGUAUAGUCUAACAGUAUGUCCUUCCCUCUAUUCACCAUUCAUUGUGACAAUAGUGGUAGGUGGAUCGUUUGUCCAGAUCUGCAAUAGGUUAACUAGCAAUCAUAGCACACAAAGAAAAAUUCUAAUCUGCAACAUAUAGAGGAAUAGCUGAUAGGCAGCGGAGAGGCCAGGUGUCUCAUUGCACAUGGAAUAACAGUGAACACAUGAAGCUCACCCUAUAGAUCUUGUUUAGGGACAAUAAAAAACGAUCCUAUCCUAGACUAGCCUACAACACCACAAUGCAUUAAAUAAUUGCAUGAAUGUUUUCAAGUGACUACAACAUUCUACUCUAGGCUGUAAACUGUAGUGAAAACAUCAUUUCAAUAACGGCGCAAAAGCCCUGUUUAUAUGAAUGUUUCAUUCCAUUUGGAUCAGUUAUGGGUCUAGAAAAGCACAGUAGCAGGCCAGUCUAGCUAUAUUUUUUCCUUCUGAUACCGAAUGCGCUGUCUGUUGCGGAUCAUCAUUCUCCCAGGUGAUCCUAUAAUAAUGUAGCCACAUAGGCCCAUGCUCCCAGCAGGCCCAGUGAUUCAGGAAAAGAUUAACCUGCGUUUUGCCUCCUCUCUGAUCCGUACGACUAUUCCUCGCGCAACUAGAACCAUAGCGCUUCAAUAUUUGUCAUUUCACUUUUUUUAAAUGUAUCAGCUUUUAUGUGUGGCAUAAACACAACCAGUCACCAUGUUUUCAUCUGAUUAGGCUAGUUCAGAAGUCUCCUGUAGGCUGCCUUCGCACGUCGGUCCACUAAUAUAAUUCCGGCAUCCGAACUGUGCGCUGGCCAUUUUGUAUUUCAUUGAACCUUUUAUUUAACUUGGUAAAUCAGUUAAGAACAAAUUCUUAUCUACAAUGCCGGCCUACCCCGGCCAAACCCUAACCUGGACGAUGCUGGGCCAAUUGUGCGCCGCCCUAUUGGACUCUCAAUCACGGCCGGUUGUGAUACACCCUGGAAUCGAACCAGGGUCUGUCGUGACACCUCUAGCACUGAGAUGCAGUGCCUUAGACCGCUGCGCCACUCGGGAGCCCAUUUGAGGAAUAGAAAGAGCCAUCUGUUACAAAACACCAAAAUGUUUAAUAACAUUCGGAGAUUGUCAAACCAAGCCUUCGAUACUGGGUACAACGUAGGGAGGGAUGUAUUUUCUGUUUGUCCAGAUUGACAUAAUCUAUUUAAAUUUUGGUGUUGAAAACACAAAACAUGAUGUUGAAGGGCCCGAAAUUGGUAAUCCGUGUGCAGUUAUGCUUUGCUUAUUGGUUGUGUGGUGCAUUGGCACAGAAACCUGUUGGUGGAAAAUUAGUUGCAUAUAUUUUCUAUAAAUAUAGCAUCAAAAUGUUGAAAAUCUGAUUUCCCCCUAGCGGAUCGUUGUCUGCCAGACUCUGAUUGUAGUGUAAUGAGACCAGCAGGGAGAAUCUAGUCCGUGGUGGUCGGUAAACCCUGAACCUUCUGGCCCGUAGCCCUGCGUGACACCGCAAAAGUAUGCUAAAGUGGUAAAGUCGAUAUCCCCGUUUAUAAAGACGGGUCGCUACAGUUAUUAUUAUUUGUGGUUGUAGUCUUUUAAUGGGAGGGUUAAUUCAAGGGUGUGCACAUUUUUUCAAAGGACAAGGUGAGUGUCGUGAAAAGGUUUUUUACGUUGGGGGAGGGGGGCUGCAUUUUCCUCACCACAUGACUGUUGAUGCUCAGCCGUGAUUGGAACCUGGCACAGAUGUUUUUUUUUUUCAAAGUCGAUUUUUCUGUUGUUGAGAUGUGUCCUUAAUACAAUGGGGGAGGAGCUAGUGUUUUGUUUUUAAUCAGUCUGUACAGAGUGGGAUGGAAGGUGGGUGAGGUUAUAUAGUAAUAAUGUCAUUUUCUGCUGUUCUACAUCUCAUUGUUAAACCACAUACCCUGUGCUGGUGGCAGGCUGUUAAAAAAAUGAUGAGGGGAGGAAAAAAAAAAAAAGCACUUGAUUUUAUUUUUAGAGAAUCUAGUUUGCGGAUCUUUUUUUUUUUGUACGUUGACACCCGCCAGCCAGAGAAAUGACUUGUUGAUCAAACUCCCACGGCAGCCAUUGUUGAGGCGUUGUCUCAAAUGGUGCCUGGGUAGUCAAUCCUUGUAUUCCUCCCGCAGGGGGACGAGGGAAUGUUCUUGUGUGGGAUGUCCUCUUCCUGUUCUCUAUUCAUAACCCUGCCCCCUAAACCCCCCCUGCCCUAUCACACUCAGCCCUGCCCCCAGAGCAGUGGCUCAGUAUCAGUCAUCGGUACUUGAAAGAAAGAUGUUUACAGCUUUUUUUUUUAUUGCUAUGAUUUGUUUUUGGUUCAUCCCACACCUCUUCUCCUCCCCCGCUGUCCUUUCCCCAAGGGUUUCUCUCUUAUGUAAAGUGUACAUUGCCACGUUUUUUUUUUAUACAAUACUGUAACUUGCCUUUGUACAUUUAGGCAAAAAAAUAAAUCUUUUUAUGAGACAAUCA